AUGGAACUUACGCACAUCGAAAGCCGAAGGCAUAGGCUUAUUCGUGAAGGUAAAUGGAUGGAACACUUGCGUCAAAAAGAUGCUUUACGCAUUACCAACGUCGUAAGAAGCCAUUAUAUGCAAAUUAUUCGCGAUUAUGAUGACUUAGAAUACUUGGGUAAUAUAACAAUCGGUACUCCGCCGCAAUACUUCCAAAUUGUACUGGACACGGGCUCUUCAAAUUUAUGGAUUCCAUCGGCAAGUUGCACAUCUCUCAGCUGUACGGUUCAUAAUCAGUUCAAUGAAACAGCUUCAUCGACAUAUGCAAACAACGGUACAUCAUGGUAUAUUGGUUACCUGGAUGGAUCCGGUGCUGAUGGCGUCCUCGGUACGGAUAUUGUCCGUUUGGACCCUGCAGACGGCAUACUUGGACUCGGUUUCACGUCUUUGGCUAUCAACCACGUCUCGCCACCUCUCAUUAAUGCUAUACAGCAAAAAUUACUUCAGGAACCUAUAUUUACAGUCUGGAUGGAACACCGGGUUUGCUACAUUAUUCUGUUGUUAUUAACCUGA